GCUCAUUGUCUUGAUUUGUGUGUUAUUUUUUUUUAUUGUGUUGAAUUAGGGCAACAAUCACGCUGUUUAUAAAUUUCAGAUUUGAUUACUGAAUUUUUUUCCAUUUCAAUUUAGAAAAUUUUCCUUUCAUUUUCAAUAAUUCAAUCUAUAAUCAUGUCCGAAAGAAUUGAUAUGUCAUUGGAUGACAUCAUUAAACGUGAUCGUAUUUCAACUGGACGUCGUGGACGUGGUGGUGCCAAAGGUGGACGAGGUGCUCGAGCUUCUGGAUCCCGUGGUGGUGGUGGUGGUCGUAAAUCGGGUAAUAUCCGAAAAAUUGGUGCCAAAGCUCGUCAAAUGAAAGCUGGUGGAGGUGGCGGUUUGAAACGAACCAAAAUGACGAUCGCACGAAAAUUGCCAGAUAAAUGGCAACAUGAUAAAUUUGUUGCAGAAAUUAAAUCAGCAACAUUGAUGAUAUCCAAUCUCGAUUAUGGUGUAUCAGACCAAGAUAUUCGUGAAUUGUUUUCGGAAUUUGGCCAACUCAAAAAGGCAGCCGUACAUUAUGAUUCAUCUGGACGAUCACUUGGAAAAGCUGAAGUUAUAUUCUUCAAGAUAAACGAUUCAAUUCGUGCCAUGAAGAAAUACAAUGGAGUACCACUCGACGGACGCCCAAUGCAAAUUCAACCAGUGGUAACGACGACGGCCAAAACAAAUAUCGCAUCUCGUAUCGGUAAUCCCGAUGUAUUUAAAAAGAAUAUUGCCUCUGGUGGUGGUAAUAAUGCUCGUGGAAUUGGUCGUGGUGGUCCGGUGCGAACUGUUGGUCGUCGUGGCCGAGGCGGUCGAAUUGGACAACGUGCUGGAACCCAACGUGGACAGAGGAAGGUUCCAACUGCCGCCGAAUUGGAUGCUGACUUGGAUGCUUAUGCAAAUAAAGUCUAAUCAUAAUUUUCAAGAAUUUUGAAUUCAAUUUUUCUGUUCAUGAUAUGAUUAAAUAAUCAAUCAAUGUCAUAAUUGUCUUUAUAUAACUAAAUGUUCAAUGAUAAAAUCGUAAUUCUAUCCAUCAAUUUUCAUCUUUAAUCACAAAUUACAUACAUACAACUGUUAUAACGAUAAAAAAUUGUACCCAUUAUUUAAAAUAUGUCAUUUGAUUAAAUAAUUUUGUCUAUUUAGUAAAAAAAAA